ACACGUACACUGCAUGCACUCCCUCGCUUAUAACGCUACUAUUGCGGGGCCGAAGGUGAAGCGGUUGAAUUGCGGAAAUUCCCACACGGAAAGUGGCCGUUGAAACAGCCUCAACGCAAUGGAAUUUGGCAGAUCGAAACUUAUACGCGGAUGAUGAGAAUUCGCACAUCCGAAAUCUUCUCUACAAAGGGUGAUUCAAAAAUUGUGUCAAUUGUAAAACCAUCCUCUGAUCAACAUGGCUGAAGACCUGCAAAGAAUUCUAGAAUGCCCGAUGUGCUUGGAACUGUUCGACUCCUCCAACAGAUGGCCCAAGUUGUUGCCAUGCCAACACACUUUUUGCCGAGUGUGUCUGGUGCAGUUGGACAAACAGGGCACGAUAGCUUGUCCCCAGUGUCGCCAGCAGCAUAAAAGUCCUCCUGGGGGUGCUCAGCAACUGCCGAAUAACUUCACCAUGCUCGCCUUGCUGGACGUCCACAAGAAAUCAGCUCCCUCCUCAAAUUCAAGUGAGACAUCUUCAGAGUCCGCUCAGGAAAAAGCUGCAGAUGACAGUGUCCGGAAAGCGAUUGCCGAACUGGCCCAGAGACUCCAACAGAAGGCCGGAGACCUAGCCAGCAUCGACAAAAAGAGGCAGAAAGUAGAGGAGAAAUUUCUCGCCGUGAAGAGCCAGGUGGACGGUGCGUUUGAGUCUCGUGCUCGCGACCUGCAGAUCCGAAAGGAGGCCGUCAUUAAGCAACUUGCUGCGAUGAGGCAAGAGGAGCUGAACCUGAUGGAUACCCAGAAGGCCAGUGCCUAUCAGUACCUCCAGAAGUUUCAAAGAGACUUUGCAGCAAUGCGGGAAUCCAUUUUGACGAGUCAGCAGCCCACGCAGGACCAGUACAAUCAAUUGCUGACUGUCUGUCAACGGUACACCCAACAAAUUGAGCAGUACGCUCUCACCAUCGAUGAAAACCUGCGCGAAAUUUCAUUCACUGAUCCAAACCGAGCCCAACUCUCAGUGAGCAUCAAUUCCUAUGGAGUCUUGCAAGCCACCAGCAUGGACAAAAGUAGGAACAAGCCGAGCAGUGCGAUCAUCCUUCAGCUGCAAAACCCCUCAUCCAGUGCUAUAACAACCGUCGCUGGGAGCACACCUCCUGGAACACCCACCAGUUCAGGAACACCUCCAGCUUAUACAAGGAAGCACUCGACGCCUGAGAUCUCCAUGGCAAAUAUGAACAAAUCCUUACCUCACGUCACGAGCACACCCAAUAUGCAGCAACAGGAUGGGAGUCCAUCAUCAUCCAGGGCUUCAUCAAGAUCGGCUUCCCCACUGCUUGCCAGCAGAAAUCGCUCCCAGACUGUCCCAAACAUGAAUCCAGUCGCUGAGGCUCAGACUUCAAAUGCCACCCCAUCAGCAGCAGCAGGAGCACCCAUCCGUAGAGACAGCACCGGCAGCAUGUUUGUACUAAGUGGGAAUCCGUCACCAGCUCCAAGCCCCGGAGACAGUGCUAAGGAACGUUCAGAGAGCAGUCCGGCUACUGCUAGAAAACCAGGAGAAACAUCAAUAAGCAGAAACCCAUUCUCACCAACAGCAGAGUCACCAUCAAAGACAGGUGGACCUAACAGGCCACAAAAUCCUUCAGACGGUAGUGUCCCUCCCAGAAGAAUACCUGUACCCGGCCCAAUUCCCAGUAGCACUGUUCCUGUAUCUCGAAGUCCUGCAUCGGGUGAUGCUACUCGUAAUCCUGCCCUGACAAAGCAUGCAUCUCUGGACAAAUCAACGCCUCCCACAGGCACACCAGCCCUGCCAGCAAGACCAAGCUUGAGCAAUUACACCCGGCAUGGAUCUAUUGAUUUCACCACAGGCCCUUCGACUGCCUCACGUGAUCCAAGUCCAUCUCUAGCUUCCAUAAGAGAGCAGAGCUCAAUGCAGAGCAGGCCAGCAAGCUUGAGUAUUGGCUCAAAUGGUUCCAAGCAAUCUAGAGUGGUGUCCCCGGAAGGACCCAUUCCUCCACUGCCACCUCGCAGAGUCAAAGCCACCCAACCCAAUCGUCCUCGUAGCAUGAGUGCUGAUUCCAGUUCCAGUCUGGGUGGCAAGAGCACGUGGGUAAAGUUUGACACAAUUGGAUCAAGAUCUCGUAGGUUUGGCAAAGACGGUGCCAAAGAAGUUGCAGUUAUUGGUAGCGGUUGGUUCGGAGGGUCAUUUUUCGAAAGGCCAACUGGAGUAGCUGUCCUCCCACAAAAUCUCAUGGCUGUCGUAGAUGAAAGGAGCCACUGCAUCACCAUGGUAACCGAGGCUGGUCAGUUAGUGAAGAGCAUCGGGACCAAAGGCAACGGACAAGGCCAGUUCCAGUUUCCUAAAGCCAUUUGUCUCAACAGCAGACGGCAGAUGAUUGUGUCCGAUUGGUGGAACCACCGCAUCCAAAUCUGGGACGUGAACGGGCAGUUCAUCUCUCAGUUUGGAACAAGAGGAUCACAGGUCAACCAGUUCAAUGGUCCCCUGGGUGUGGCUUGUGAUGCUUCUGACAACAUCUUUGUCUGUGACACCAACAAUCACUGCGUGAAGGUCUUCUCUCCGGAAGGCAACUACCUACGGCAAAUCGGUAAGGAAGGUGCCAGUGAGGGCAACUUUAUUUGCCCAUCCCAUCUGGUGGUGUCGCCAGGUGGUGAGCUCCUGAUCACAGAUUCAGGCAAGCACUGUGUUCAGAUGUUCAGCAGUCACGGAACAUUCCUCUAUCAGUUUGGGGAGUGGGGGACAGGUCCCGGUCAACUUAACUGCCCCUCGGGUAUCACGAUCGACCCAAGUGGGUACCUCUUCGUUGCCAGCAGCGGCAAUCACCGUGUUGAGGUCUACAAUCCUUCUGGAUCGUUUGCAGUUAGUCUGGGCACUCAUGGGCAAGAGAAGAGUCAAUUUGAUGAGCCAAUUGGUAUUGCGUCGACCAGUGAUGGACAGGUGGUUGUGUGUGACUCGGGGAACAAGAGAGUACAGAUGAUGUGGCCCUGAAUCCACGUACAUGUACACGAUCAAUAAUACGAUGGGGGGUGUGGAGAGCAGUUUCCCAGGAGAACAAAAUAGCAUACCUCUAAUUGUUGCAAUUUUAAAAUAUGGCAGUAACCAUUUUAAAAUUUUGAAUUGUACUAAAAAUGUAAUUUGUAGUAAAACAUUGUGCAAGUAUAGGAAGAAAAUCACCCAAUUAUGAAAAGGGAUUUUGUCUUGCUCUUCACUAAUAAUAAUAUAUGGCUUUGCAUGGUGAAACUUAUUAACGACUGCCUAAAUUCAGUAAUGAAUAUUUUAAAAACCUUCAUAACACAUCGCACUCUAGAUGUACGCAUUUGUAACGACUUUCACAUUACAUGCAUGUAAUUAUGUUGCAAUUUUUUUUCCAAGAAAUUGUACAUAGUAUC